AUGGAGGAGCUGCGUGUGCGCCGCGCCGAGGCGAUUCUCUCGGCGGGGCGGGCUUGGCAGAAGGGCAAUACAAAGAAUAAGGGAGGCGAGGUAGCUAUGUUCUACGCAGAACAGGCAAGGGAAUUGCAGGAGCAGGUGAGGAAGGAGGCAUUAGUAGCUGCGAGGAGCAGGGUCGAAGCCAAAACUGUGACAACCGCAGUGGGGACCACGGUCGACCUGCACGGCACGACGGUCGCCGAAGCUAUCACAAUCGCCAAGGAGGUACUCACAGAACACGGCGCUACGUCGGCACAGCCGAUAAAGUUUAUUACGGGACGGGGGAACCACUCCGUCAACCGCGUUGGCGUGCUUGCACCAGCGAUCAAGAUGGCCUUGCUCGAGGACGGGUGGAACGUUUCCACGUUCGACGCAGGCAUCGUGGUGAGAGGGCGUGCGUUUGGCCGGCCUUAGUCCUCCUAUCUUCUCGUCUCUUUGCGACUUCCCGACGACGCCAACGACAUCAUGCACGUUUUCCAUCUCAUUUUGUCCCAGGAACAUCACACAUCAUUGUUCCUUACUGCCCACGCUUCAUCAAGCUCAUCAGCUUCCUUUGCUUUCGCCACGAAAUUGCCUCACCUCACCCUCGCUCUUCUGCUUAUCUCCGGCUGCGAUGUCCUCCAUCAUCUUUCCUCGUAUCUAAAUUAGCUAUCGCUUUUCGUUUGGACGUAUACCUGUACGUUGCAUCGUCCUUGUCUCGCUCAGUCUCUAUGUUGUGCCACCACCAGAUGUAGCCAUUGCAUUCACGAUCUAUACCCUGUCGCGCCCUCUCUUCUCUACAGUAUAUUAUUCGGAUCGCCUGCCAGUGGUCAUUCAGUGAUUAUUACUUUGGCUCGUCGCGCUGCUUGACAUCAUAUUGAUCGCAAUCAUAUCGCCAGCUAUACUUGGUAUGUUCGCUCUGUCUCCGCUU